AUGGCCGAAUCGGGCGUCGAUGUUUUUGGUUUCUUCUCCAACGUACUGAGCCUUCUAGCUUUCUUGGGUCCCUUGUUAGGCGUCAUCUAUUUCUAUCUACCCUCCUGCCGUCAGAAGUGCCUUGAUGAGCUCCUGUGCGAGACGGAGGGGAUGUGGCGCACGGCGCACGAAGAAGGGUUGUUCGUUGACCCGACGUUUGAAACGUUUCUCGGGACAACUGAGAGGAAUUUGGCUCUUUUUCGCUCCCAAGCGAGCGAUUUGCGCACCGAAACAUAUUCUGCUACAACCGUCUAUCAUCAAUUGAAAGGUGCCGUAACUGGCCUAUCGCUCAGAAUCGUCUACCUGUGUGAACAUGUCAAGAAACUUCGCGCCACGAUUUUAAGCACCACGACUAAGGAGCGCAAGAAACUUGAGAGAGAAGGUCGUUAUAUAUCUGUAGGUCAACGGCCAUUCCCUGCAGGUACAACUGCGCACCCCCGGAGUUCCUUCAACGAGGCUGCACAUUCCUUCCCUUGCGGGGCUGAUGGCUCGGACAACACAGAGUAUUUUCCCCGUCCAGGAUCCGUGCCUGAACCCCCCACGGAAGACGGAUCCAUGCUCUCGCACCACCGCAAUGAGCCUACAGCAUCAACCCCGGAUUCUUCCACCCUAACGGAGUCUGAUAGCGAAAUUGCCGAGUUGGGAAAGCCUUCUUUCGUAAAUGUGCCUGUGGAAGACGUUCACAUCCAGUCCUUGGAAAUGGACGCGGGCACCAUACACCCUCAGCCCAGCGCCAAUUCGGAUCACGGAGACGAUUCGGCUUCGCCCUACCACCCAUCUCCAACCGACUCCACGCUCUACAAGGUUCUUAGCCUCGUCCAUGACGACCUGAACGCAAGAGGACAGGGCCAUCCUCUCCUCCCCGCGGCUGCCGAAUUUGCUCGUGCUCCUCAUCGCAUCGACCUCGAGACUCUGCUCAGAGAGUACGAACACGAAGGCGAUGAAUCGACUUCGUUGUCGGGAGAUCUACAAAUGAAAACGAUCGAAGAAUGCAUCUCCGUAUGCGGAUGA